UCUUCCCUGAGGGUCUGGAAAGCCUUGUUGUUCAAGAUGAGAACUAUGCUGCCAGUAGCUAAUUAGCUACUGAAGGGAGAAAUCAUUGAAAAUGUCACUUACAGAGAAGGCUUGAGACUGCUUAUUUUUUCAAGGCAGACAUGAGGAGGAAUUUUCUUGGAGGCAGUGACAAAGAAGUAGUAGCAGUAGGCGUAGUAGUGACGACUAUGACGAGUAAGUUUCCCUCUAGCUUCCCAAGACUAAGAUUUCUUUUUUGAUAUUAAACUCAGCCUUGAAUAAUCUCCUCUGUUUUUACCCCCUCUGAGCUCUGCUGCAGGGUUUAUCUUCACUCAUCAGCACCCUGAGGAGAGCCAAUGAACGGAAGGCAGACUUAUUCAGUCUGUUUCCUCAGCGUUUGCCUAGGCUCUCUGCACAGGAAGCCUAGUGCUCUGAGAAGUCAGAAGGAGGAACCUCUCCAGCUUUGAGGAGCCAGUCGAUCAGGAACACACAGCGCUAGAGGAAAGGAGUGAGAAAGGGGGAGAGAAAACACUGACAUUGGCUGCUGAGGAUGCACUGGCAGGCAAGAAACACUCCCCAUGACCACAGCUAGGCUGGAGGUGGGCUAUGAAAGCAGGAGCCGACAUGAAUAUUGCUGGGAAGACUGUGUGUGUUUUUGUGCUGCUCACCAUCACCAAGAUCACAAGAACAGUAGGGAACAAAAGAGUGUCAGUGACGGUAGGUAACAGCUCUGUGCUCACCUGCCCUACCAAAUCAAAUAGAACUAUGGUAACAUGGAAAAUCAGCCCCAGGGUUGGAGGCCCCUGCACCUUGGGAUACAGGAGCGAUCAGAACAAGACAGACAGAACCAACUGCAGCAACAGCAUGAACUGGAAGUUCAGACCAGAUCAGGACCCUGCCCUUGAGAUACAACAAGUGGGAAUAGCCCACGAGGGAAAUUACAUCUGUGAAGUAGUAUCAACAGAAGGGAAUUUCCAUGAGACACACCACCUGACCGUGCUGGUCCCCCCCACGCUGACCCUGUACUGCGAUAACCAUGGGAGCCCUGUGUGCGAGGCAGUGGCAGGGAGGCCAGCUGCUCGGAUCUCCUGGGUCCUGGAGAGCAGCUUUACCCCCAGGGAAGAAGGCCAUGACAACGGGACGGUGACUGUGGUCAGCAAGUUCACAGCACAUGGCAGCAAUGUGACUAACGCAACCUGCUUCAUGUUCCACCCAGCUGGGAACCAGAGCAACUCCAUAGCCUGUCGUCCCUCAGAGACCAGCUUUAUCCUGCAUGCCUCCAUUUUUCUUUGUUUCCUGAGUGUUUUAACCUUCAUGGCUGUCAUUUACUAUUUUAAGCUCCGUGGCAACAGACCAUGCUACAAAACCAAACCUUCUGAAACUGCCCAAAACAGGCAAACACCACAGUUAAGGAGAACAAUGCAAAUUAGACCAUCAACGAAUCAUGGAUCUUCUGGUAGCCCUGAAAACAUGGAUGACACAAUGGAAGUGGAACCUUAUACUAUUUAUGUGCAGAAGGAAAACGUAAUUUACAACUCAGUGUCUGAUCUGACAGUGGGGAAGAAUCUGCCACAAGGACUGUCGCCAGCAACAUGAAUGAUUCACCAACACUGGAAAGGGAGAGAGACACUUUAUAAAAGGCCGGUUAUAGAAAGAAACUUCUCAGAGGAUUUCUUUGGGUUUUGGGGCAACAUAGCUCGCUAGGUCUGUUCAGACACCCGUGCUUGCUGAGGGGUCUGUAUAGUUCUUUUUCCCUGCUCAGGAAAGGAAACAGGUUUCCUGUUACUCCUUGGGAAAAUGUGACCAACUCCAUGCCAUAAUUUUUCCUGGAAAAGCUGUUGUGAUCCUCCCUUUGCUGUUCUUGCCUCGGAGAUCCUAGGUUUACCAGUCACUUCUAGGCAUUACUUUGAUGCACUUGACACUAUGUUGCAGACAUUUGAGAGACUGGGGUAGUGUUAUGCCUGAACUAAAAUUAAACAGUCUCCGAUCAACAGCCACUUCUUUUUAGUUCAUGAAUUCCUAACAUAGUGGCCUGAGUACUGAUCAUCACAGAAUAGCUCAAAUGGCGGAAGAUAUUGGUAGGGAAGAUUUUUAAUUCCCCCAGUUCUGAAAAUGGAAAGGAGUGAUGAAUUUAGAAAGUCAUCCACUAAGAAAGAGAAUUCACUAGCAUCAUUAAUUUACUUGUUAGGUUCAUAUUCGGUAUUUCCACUAAAUGUGUUCAUUCUGUAUCGCAAGUUGUUGUUAUGAUUAUUUUUCCAUAAGAUUCUCUCGAUAUGGUAUUGCUCUCUUCUGUAAGAGUAUUGGCAUUAAGAUACUGUAAAAUAAUUAUGUUACUCAAAUCCGGUAACUCAAAUCUGUUUUUUAACAGAAACAAACAUCAAAUAUUUCAUAAACUAAGAUGGCUUCAAAGAUAUCUGCUAUAACUGUGCAAUAAUGUAGAAAAAGGAUAAAAUGCUUACUAAUUCUAGUCAUAUUUAUUUUAACUACCACAAUUGAAGUUUCUUUUCAUUCAUAUUUCUAGAUGUUUUAUUGAUCAUCUUUUGAAUAUAUUUGCAAGUUCACUUUUUUGUAUGUAAAUUAGUUCAUGUAUCUUAAUGUGUCUCACAUUGAGGUGACUUCUCACAUUCCAAAAAUAUCAUUUGGGAGUAAGUCAAAUAAAUUGUUCUCUAUAUACUACCAGCUUUUAAACUUUUUGGAUUGUUGCAUUACUAGCUAAAGUCUGAACAGGCGUUAUUGUAAAAGUAAAGAAAUCCAUUUGUAAAUCUCUGUUGACUACCUCUUAUUUGAGUAUUUUAAAAGACUGACCAGGUAUUUGAUCUGAUAGUAGAU